UCUGGAAUCAAGUUAAAGACAGAGGGAUCGAGUAGAAAAUAUUCACUAAGUUCAAAGACUGGCACGCUUCUACCAGACUUCCCUAACGCUAAAAACCUUAUACUGCCGGCAGGGACGGACCUUGAGAAGAUGCGAACAUUUAUUAUGAUGUAUAGGACCCACUGCCAGAGAAUUCUUGACACGAUCAUAAGCGCUAAUUUUGAUGAGGUGCAAAACUUUUUGGUCCAUUUCUGGCAAGGUAUGCCCGAGCAUUUGGUUGAUUUAUUACACUGUGAGGUUAUCGCCGAUAUCAUAUCUUUAUGUGAUUCUAUUCUUUAUAAGGUACUGGUGGACGUGUUGAUUCCUUCAAGUAUACAAGAGAUACCACAAUCAUUGUACGGGGACAUGAGAAUGUUUACAAAAUUCCUACCUUACUGGUUAGAAACAUCUAUGGAAACAGUUCCUGCACACAUCCAACUACGAAAACUUGAAGUUGCCAAAAGUUUUAUUCAAAGUUUGAAGAGACAGUCAUCAUUUGUCCUCCUUGCCCAGACAGCACGAGUUGUUAUUAUGAACCAAGACAUUGUGACACAAAUGGUCAAAGACAUCUCAAGUGUAGAUUUUGAAGAUAUCUGCAGCCAGGCAGGAUUCAUGGAACAUUCGGCAAACCCGAAAUUUUGCAUGAAAAUGCAAGAUUUUUAUGAUGAACUGAAAGAAUUGCUGAGUAAACAAUCUUGUAUUGAAAAUUAUACUGAAUGGAUUGAUGACAUCGUCGAAAAAUGUGUAAUUAAGCCAAGUGAUAGCGAUCAAGAGGUAUUCAAAGACAAAGCUGCCGAGUUUUUGUUACAUUGGGGGGCAUUUGGAGGUCUACUAAUGCGGGAACUAACGCUACAAAAUGCUACAUCGUUUGCCUCCAUACAUUUGGUACAUCUGAUGUUAGAUGAGUAUGCAUUCCUAGUGAUAGAGACACAGCAAGAAGCAGAAGUGGAGAAACUGCUUCAAACUGCCGUACAACGUCAUAUGAAAAACGCCGAGGAAAUACAGACAAAGGCAGUCGUCCGUAAUGCUUCAAAUAAGGGAACACAAUCGCCAAAAUGCAAGAAAAAACGUUGUUUUGACGAGAUAGAUCAGGAUAAUUCAAGUCAAGCAUCAAAUACUAGAUUACACUCAACUGCUGAGCUGUCAACUAUUGUCAAUGAUCAAUUAAAUAACGGAACGGCAUUUACAAGACCACUUCCUACUAACAGCAAAAACAUACAGAAUUCUGAAACCUCGUCUGAGAAUAGCCCGUCUCAAAGAAUACAGACCGGAACUAUAUCGGUGCCCCCAGUUAAACCUUAUCAGCCUUAUAAUAAUACUUUUGAUCGACCAACAUACCUACCUCAAUUUGGUAUCGGAUCCUACACAGAUUACGUCGGAGUCAACCCCCCACCCCCAUUUACUAAUGCGAGAUUUUCAAACUACUCUGAGACUUACAAUCAAGGAUUUCCGGCCACACAUUUUGGAUCAAAUAUUUCACCAGUUGGUGGUAAUUAUUGGACAGAUGGGCGAUCACACCAUACAUUAUCAGAUCCUUACCAGUCAUAUAACUACAAUAAAUUGAACGCAACUUAUGACAGUUUGAAUAAAACAACAUUACUUAGGAAUAAUGCUUACCAGGAAACUAUAAAUAGACAAGGGUUUGAUUCAGCAAGGUCAUACUACAGAAGUGCACAUGAAAAUAUUCAAGUCGGGCCACAAUUACAGAUGGGAGCUUACGGUACCAAUUUCAUGGAUAUAGCUCCGCCUGCAGGACAAUAUUGUUACCAAGAUGAAAUAUUUCCAGCAAGCAUGGCAACUUCUUUUGGAAAGACAUUUUUGUCAGGUCCCUUCAGAUAAUGACCAAGUGAUUUAAGUGAAAGGAAAGACUAUAAAAAUGUGAUGUGUACGUAAUACUAUACCAAUUUUAACAUUUAUUAAUCGUUUAUACAACAAAGUAACUGAAUAAUUUUGGUUUUUAUUAUAACAUUGUAUAUAGGUAUUCAUUAUGUGCCUAAAACCGUCUAGGCUACCAUUCAUUGACUGAAGGCUUUGUAACAUGAGUGAACACAAUGACACAAAGGUCACUUUACAUUUAUAUAUUUUCAACUUAUCCAGGAACAAUCAAAGCACAGACGGCGCAGAAUUUGUUUGGGAAUGUCAAGGUUGAGAGACUAUAAUCUUUCAUUUUUUGUAAGGUUGGAAACAAAUAUGUUGAUUUUAUAGAGUUUCAAGAGUUUAUUUCAAAGUACAUCCGGGCAAUAUGCCCAUGCGUACCAAAUAAGCAUACAAUACAAUUAAAUUGUCAAUGUCAAUACUUUAUAAAAUAUAUAUCAUUAAGUUACACAGUAUUUUUAGCAAUCAGAAAGCGUUAACUGAUAAUAGAAUUUACUAUCAGUUAGUGACACAA